AUGGCAGCGAGCAACUCCGGCGAAGCCCCCAUCCAAGCAGAGCCCGAAUACAAUCGCGAGAGUGAAUUGAAAGCCUUUGACGCCUCAAGGACCGGCGUGAAAGGCCUCGUCGAUGCUGGCAUCUCCAAGCUCCCCCGUAUCUUCGCCGAUCGCCGGCCUCGGUCGCCAGGCUGCUCCGAUCCUGCCGGGACAAGCUUCAGCAUCCCGAUCGUGGACUUGGAAGGAGUUCAUGAAGAUCCCAGCAAGCACAGGGAGAUAGUCCGCAGAGUUGGCCAGGCGUGCGAGGACUGGGGCUUCUUCCAGGUGGUGAAUCAUGGGGUCGGAGAUGGCGUCCUGAGCGGAAUCAUCGACGGUGUCAAGAGGUUUCACGAGCAGGAUAGCGAGGUGAAGUAG